GCGUUUUCGGUCGGGGAGGCUGGGGGGUCCUCAAGGCUCCAGCAAUUGGGCGGUGUCGCUGGUCGCGCUGCGGGGAGGUGGAGUCUGCGCAUGCUCAGGGCCUCCCUACCCAAACCAGAGGCGCAGGCUCCGAAGUGCCCCUGGAGGUCCCUCCCUCCUCUGGGGUCUCAGUGUGUUGAUCUGCAAAUUGGACGUAUUGGGUUUCGUGAGUACUAAGCUUUCUUCUGGGCACACAACCAAUGACUUUGUUCUCCCCGAGAGAUGCUACAGGGUUUGGUGGUUGGACAUCAGAACCACUUGGGAACUGUAAAAAAAAGAAUACUGUGCCCAGCCCUGCCUCCGGAGAUUGUUUCAAGUUUUCUUGGUUGUAGCCCAGUGCAUUGUGUUUUUAAAACUCCUCAGAAGAUUCUAACAUGUAGUAGCAUUGAGAAACACCAGCUGGAUGAUCUGUAAAGGUCUGUUGUGCUCUAACAUUCAUCACUUUUUUCAUUCCUGAAUCCUAAAGAGCUGGAGCAACUUAGCGGAGGCACCAGAACAGGGACGUUUCUGGAGAGUAAACCCAUGAGGACGCGAUGGAGGUCCCUCAGUGUCCCGAGCCCCUAGAGGCCCGGAGGCAGGACCCACCCUACGACCAGGAGCCGCUCUUGGGGGAACUGACCAUCGUGGAGGACGAAGGCCACCCAUGUUAUGGAUUUGAGAAGACUGCCAGCCGGCCUGUCGGCAAGCCUCGGAAAGCUCCUUCGGCAGAGAGUCAUCACCAGUGCGCCAUCUGCGGGAAGAGCUUUGAGCAGCGCUCGGACCUGCUCGACCACCAGAGGAUCUACGCGGGCAAGAAGCCGUUCAAGUGCAGCGAGUGUGGGAAAGGCUUCAGUUACCCCUCGGCCCUGGCGGUGCACCAGAGGACGCACACCGGCGAGCGGCCGUUCCCCUGCGCGCAGUGCGGCAAGGCCUUCAGCCACAGCUCGGCGCUGCUCCUGCACCGGCGCGUGCACACGGGCGAGCGGCCCUACGCGUGCCGGGACUGCGGCCGCGCCUUCUCGCAGAGCUCCUCGCUCAUCCUGCACAAGCGCACGCACACCGGGGAGCGGCCCUACGACUGCCUCACCUGCGGGAAGGCCUUCACCCGCCGCUCGGCUCUGGUAGAGCACCGGCGCGUGCACACGGGCGAGAGGCCAUACGCGUGCGUCCGCUGUGGCCGGGCCUUCAGCCAGAGCGCGCACCUCGCGCGCCACCAGAAGGUGCACGUGACGCAGAAGCCGCACGCCUGCGGGGACUGCGGCAGAGCCUUCCGCUCGUCCGCCGCCCUGCUGCAGCACCGGAGGAUCCACACGGGCGAACGGCCCUUCGGAUGCCCUGUGUGCGGCAAGGCCUUCACCCAGCGCGCCUACCUGGCGCAGCACCUGCGCGUGCACUCGGGCGAGAGGCCCUUCGAGUGCGACCGGUGCGGGAAGGCCUUUGGCAAGUGUGCGCACCUGGCGCGCCACCGCGGGACGCACGCGUGCGCCCGGGCGCGGCCGGUGAGGGCACCCGCCGGGGAGGGCAGGCGCCCGGCAAGCGCGUAGACGCUGGCGGCACCGUGGUGGGGGACCCCUGCCUGCUGCGGCCCCACGCCUACGGGGAGUGCGGAGGGCCCUUAGAGCGGCUCAGCCCUCGCCCAGCUUCUAGGGCUGCACACCCCCUAACCUGUGUCCCAAACUGGCGGAAACCUGCCAACCCGCGUCCCAGGUGCGGGCCAGGCGUUGGCACGGCUUAGCUCAUUACCUCGGAGACACAGGGGGCGGAAUUUGGGGCAGAGAAUCAACAGCAGAGCCUUCUUUAGAGCCCUCAAUGUGCCAUUUGAAAAAUAUAUUGGAAAGCCUUAUUUUGUCGUCUGGGAGUUUCUACGCCUCUUAGUUUGGAGUUGAACCUUGGAGUGUAGGGGUGAUUGGUCAUCUGGCCCCUUGGCUGCCCCUCCCCGUGCGGUCAGCUGCUAUGAGUGGGAGGGUCAAGGAGGUGAGGGUGCUGAUUCAGAACCUUCCUCUGUGGAGGCCGGGAGACCAGGGCCUGGGGUCCUUUUCCGCUUCUCCAUAAACGUGGGUGAGGAGCUUUCUAUUUCUAGUCUGCGCAAAGGGCCGAGUGUGCCAGGCCCUGUCCUGAGUGCUUCACAGAAUGUGUUGACUCCUUGCACCACCCCGGAGCUGGUACUGUUGUCACCUCCCUGUUACAGGUGGGAAAACCCAGGCUCUGGAGGGGAGGCCUCUGGUGCAAGACCGUGGAACUAGGUACCACCCUGGCAGCUGGGCCCAAGGGGCUCGUCUCUUAAACACCAGGCAAUUAGUAAUCAAGAUGAUGCUCCUUGAGCGUUUGUCAGACCCCCGGUGGACAUGCUCUCAUUUCAUUCUUCUGGCAACCCCGUGGGGCUUGGUCUCAUCCCUUACUCUCAGAUGAGUAAUCACCAGUAAAAUGGCUCAGCCAAGGCUGCUGGCCCCCCAGGGUUCUUCCCCCUGCUGGGCCCAAGGGUCAGUGGCAAAUUGAAGUCGCAGCCACAGUUCCCCUAAGACAGUGUAUGGGGAAUUGAUGGGGGGUGGUCCCUGCCUCCGCCAGGAGGCACAGUGUCUGCCCAGCCCAGUGGAGGUGUGUUAGGUGUCAGUGGCUGUUAUUCCACUUUCCUGAGAAAGAAUCAGGAGAAUGUGUACUCUUCAUGUUCUCAGACUUCAUGAUCGGUCAUCUAUGAUCAUGAUCGGUAACUAUGUUUUGGCCUUGCAGGCUGCUGGAUAGUAAGAAGUGGUUGGCCUGUGUUCCCUGGUCCCUGGGAGGGAACCUCACACCUUUGGAAUUUGUUAUUCCAUGGUGGGCCCCUUGGACCCUGCGUGAGCUUAAGAUAACGAGGUGACUCAUGGUGGUGGGCCCCUGGAUAGUUUCAGGAUGGGGGCUGGUCAUGCCGGAAAGACCACCCCUGUGAUUGGCGGUUUGGGCUUUGUGAGGAGGAGUGGGGGCUGGAGAUUGAGUUAAAUGAGGCGGCCAGUCAUCCACUCAUCAUGCCUACUUGAUGAAACCCCAGUAAAAACCCCGCACCCCCGAGGCUUGGUGAGCCCCCUGGUUGGUGAUACACAUCAACUGGCCACAUCCUGAGGACAUGGGGAGCUUUGCAUCUGGGAUCUCGCACACCUCCCUGCGGCUGGCCCUGGUUUGUAUCCUUUAUAAUAAAACUAUAGCCGUAAGUACAGA